UCAGGAUGGAAAGGCUUACACAGUCAGGGGAGGAAACAUGUCAUGAGAGGUGAUGACACAGCCACGGAGACGUAUCCACAUCCUUAGUGUUUCCCAAGUUUGCUGCCUGUCGUAGAUUCCGACGCUGCUGUUACUGCUGAGACCCACAGAGGAGAGAGAGAACCAAAGAUAGCCUCAGUCCUCUCUCCCCACCUCUCUCUCUCUCUUCUUUUUCACUUUGUUGGUGGAUGAUGGGAUUUUAACCAUGUGGAAGAAAGCUGAGUGGCUCUCCUGGAUUUCGCUGACACUGCGCCUGGUCCCGCCUGGCCUCCUCUGAGCAGGAUGGACACUCUGGAGUCAGAACUAACCUGCCCAAUCUGCCUGGAGCUCUUUGAAGACCCGUUGCUGCUCCCCUGCGCCCACAGCCUCUGCUUCGGUUGCGCCCACCGCAUCCUCGUCUCCCACUGCGCUACCAACGAAUCCGUUCAAAGCAUCGGCGCUUUCCAGUGCCCUACUUGUAGAUAUGUCAUUUCCCUGAGUCCUGAACGUGGACUAGAAGGACUGAAGAGAAACGUGACCCUGCAGAACAUUAUAGAUAGAGUUCAACGGGCCUCAUCCUCCGCAGGACUCCCGCUCCCACUGGCUCUACCUGCGCCCCACAGUGGGCCCAACUCUCCCAGUGACGAAGGGAGUAACCGUUUGGCGCUAGUUCCCGUUAGCGCCGCCAUGUCCAGUCCGGGCACGCCUCCGGAGCCCGUCCAGUGUCAGUUCUGUGAGCAGGACCCUCCGCAGGACGCCGUCAAGACCUGCGUGACUUGCGAGGUUUCGUACUGCGAAGAAUGCCUCAGAGCGACGCACCCCAACAAGAAACCGUUCACCGGCCACCGACUUAUCGAACCCAUGCCGGACUCCCACCUCAGAGGGCUCCAAUGUCUGGAACACGAGGAGGAGAAGGUGAACAUGUAUUGCGUCACCGAUGAUCAGCUGAUCUGCUCGCUGUGUAAACUGGUGGGAAGACACAGGGACCACCAGGUGGCAGCGCUGAGCGACCGCUAUGAAAAACUCAGGCAAGCCCUCGACUCCAACCUGAGUAAUCUGAUCAAAAGGAACAAUGAGCUGGAGUCACUAAUGGGGAAGCUGAUCCAGACGUGUCAACAUGUUGAGGUGAACGCGUCCCGACAGGAGGGCAAGCUCCUCGAGGAGUGCGACAUCCUGAUUGACAUCAUUCAGCAGAGGAGGCAGAUCAUCGGCAGUAAGAUCAAAGAGGGGAAGGCUCAGAGGCUUAGGAAGCUGGCCCAACAGAUCUCCAACUGUAAGCAGUGCAUCGAGAGAUCCUCGGCUCUUAUAACACAAGCCGAUUCAACGCUGAAAGAGACGGAUCACGCUCGCUUCUUGCAAACCGCCAAGAGCAUCAAUGAGAGGGUUUCCAUGGCAACUGCAUCAACCCAAGUGCUGAUUCCAGAGAUACACCUCACUGACACCUUCGACAACUUCGCCCUGGACUUCACCAGAGAGAAGAAACUGCUGGAGAAUCUGGAUUACCUCACUGCUCCAAGCGCUCCGUGCAUAAGGGAAGAGUUGUGCACAGCGUCCUACGACACCAUCACAGUCCACUGGACAUCUGAUGAUGAAUUCACAGUGGUGUCCUAUGAGCUGCAGUACGCCAUCUUCACUGGACAGUCCAACAUUGCCAGUCUUUGCAACUCACUGGAGAGCUGGAUGAUUGUUCCCAACAUCAAGCAGAACCACUACACAGUGCACGGUUUGCAGAGUGGCACCAAGUAUAUCUUUGUUGUCAAGGCUAUUAACCAAGCGGGAAGCAGAAGCAGUGAACCGGGGACUCUGAAGACCAACAGCCAGCCAUUUAAGCUGGACCCCAAAUCUGCUCACAAGAAGCUGAAGGUCUCCCAUGAUAACCUGACAGUAGAGAGGGAUGAAACCACAUCCAAGAAAGGCCACAGCCAGGAGCGUUUCACCAGUCAGAGCAGCUACGGCGUGGUGGGGAAUGUUUACAUUGACAGCGGGCGUCACUACUGGGAGGCUCUGAUUGGAGGGAGCACAUGGUACGCUGUGGGGAUCGCAUACAAGUCAGCCCCGAAGCACGAGUGGAUUGGGAAAAACUCGGCCUCCUGGGUACUCUGCCGGUGCAAUAACUCCUGGGUGGUACGUCAUAACAGCAAAGAGUUGGCCAUCGAACCGUCGCCGCAUCUGCGUCGCGUCGGAGUCCUGUUGGAUUACGACGCGGGUUACCUGACCUUCUACGACGCCGUGGGCUCCCAGCACCUGCACACGUUUCACGUCUCUUUCGUCCAGCCCGUGUGUCCCGUGUUCAACGUGUGGAAUAAGUGUCUGACCAUCCUCACCGGUCUACCCAUUCCUGACCAUCUAGAGGGACUGGAACCCCACAACUGAACAAAUACACCCAAGUAUUCUGGUUUAAUCGUAUUAAAGCUGCACUGGGCUGAAUUUCUUCGAAAAAAUAUGCCUUUCCCAGCUUCUAUUAUUCAUUUUCUCUAUUCUAAAAUUAAAUUCUGGUCGUGUGCACUUUUUACCCAGAACGGUGACAGUGAAAUAUAAACAACAGCUAGCAAAAAAAAACUCCAGCCAAAGAAAGGUCACAGGUUGUUUUCUUCUCUAUUGGGUCUCCUUGCUCUUAAAGAAUACAUAUUCCCCUUUUUUCUUGCCUGAUCUGACUUGGCUGAAGCCUUUUUUUUUUUUUUAUCAAAUAUUAGUAAGCAAGACAGUUCUUGCUAUUUCUUUUUUGCAAAUUUGUCCAGUACAGCUUUAAUGUACUAUGAAAAAUGUUGCAGUCCAGCGCUAAAUGAGCCACCUCGAAGAAGGUCUGAGCUUUGGGAGCUGGUUUUGAACAGUGCAUUGUUUGUUAUUGUCAAGUUUUCAUAAGGAAAACACAACACGGGUUUAUGUCGUCUUUGAAAAUUUAGUGAGAGCCUUUUUCUAGAUAGAUGACAAAAGAAAUCAGGACAAUAAAUGGACGGUGUUGGGCCAGAAAUUGCUACUCUUAGGCACUUUGGCCAGCGAUGGGUAUGUUCUGUGACAACUAGGAAACAAGCCACAAAUCAAUUUCUAAUUUUCUUUCUCCCCUUUUUUUUUUUCUUUUGUACAACACCUUAUCAGAAAUAGCACUUUGAAAAUCCCCAAAAGUACACACUGCACAUACACACACACCGCUACGCUAAUCAAUCAUGGUUGCUGGAGAAGGGUAGAAAAGUAGAUGCGUAUUUUGUAAAUUCAUUGCUUUCCCCUUAUCUUUCCUUUGUUUGUUGAA